AUGCCCAAGAAGAGCGCCCUCAAGAAGACUGGGUCGACUUCGGCCCAGUCCAGCGAUGCGCGAUUUGCCUCUUUCGAGUCGGACCCCCGCUUCAGACUUCCAUCGAAGAGCUCUACCAAGACGAAGAUCGACCGCCGGUUUUCUCGCAUGCUGAAGGACGACGAGUUCAUCCAAACGGCAAAGGUCGACCAGUACGGACGCAAACUAAAGGCGGAUCAUAAGAAGAAGGCAUUGAAGAACCUUUACGAAGAAGAAGAAGAAGACGAUGUGGCUGCUUGUGAGUUGCAGAAGGCCGAUGCUUCUUAUGAUCCCGCAAGGGGAGGUGGUUUUUCCUCCUCUGAUUCUGAGUCCGAGCCGGAGGUUGAAGCGGAAGAGGAUGAAGAAGAAGGGAGGACAGAGGCGAAAGCUUCUAUAAGCUUGCAGAAACUUCCCCAAGAACAGUCGGAUGUGGAAACCGGCGAGGUUACAAAACGGAUCGCUAUUGUCAACCUAGAUUGGGACCAUAUCAGGGCGAUAGACUUGAUGGCUCUCUUCGCUAGCUUUGUACCCAAAGGAGGGAAAAUUGAACGUAUCAGCAUAUACCCUAGCGAGUUCGGAAAAGAACGGAUGCAACGAGAAGAACUCGAGGGCCCUCCCAAGGAGAUUUUCAAGAAGGGUGCCCUGUCUGACGAAGAGCCUGAGCACGAUUCCGAAGACGACAGUGAAGACGAUGACGAGGAGGACGAAGAGGAUGAAGAAGCCAACAUAAAGAAGGACCUGAUCGCAGAGGGGGAUGACCAAGAUUUCGACAGCGACGCUUUAAGAUCCUACCAACUCGACAGAUUACGUUACUUUUAUGCAGUCAUGAGCUGCUCGGACACGCAUACGGCACAGAAGAUAUACGAGGCAACUGAUGGCACCGAGUAUCAAACCACCUCUAAUUUUCUCGACCUUCGAUUUGUACCGGACGACGUGACCUUCGAUGAUCAACCGCGUGAUGAGUGCGAUAGUAUACCCUCGGGUUACAAACCGAACGAAUUCGUUACCGAUGCCUUGCAACACUCCAAAGUGAAGCUGACGUGGGAUAUGCAUCCUGAGGAAGCAUCACGACGGAAGGACAUCGAAAAGGCGUUCUCGGGAAGUCGCACUGAGCUUCAAGCCAAUGAUUUACGUGCUUAUCUAGCUAGUGACAGUGAGGAUGAUGCUCAAGAAGCAGAGGAUGAUUUGGCAGAUCAGCCUAAGCUGUCCAAAAAGGAGCUUUCUCGUCAAAAGAUGCGCGAGGCACUUGGUCUGGGUCCCGAUUCAUCUGCCAGCUCCUCAAAGGCUGAAGGUCUUGGGGAGAAGGAGAUGACAUUCACCGUCGACGAUUUAGGUGGCAAUCAAAAGGCGAAGAAACUGACUGAGGUGGAGGAGACCACCAUUGAGAAGUACAAGCGCAAAGAACGGGAAAGAAAGGCCUUGAAAAAAGAAAAGGCCUUGGCCAAGAGAGAAGGUAUUGAGGUCGAUUCAGCUGCCGAAGAGGAGCCAAAGGCGUCAGAUGAGGGGCUUGAUCUUGGGUUUGACGAUCCGUUCUUCACCACAGAUGAGCCCGUGAAGGCUAGUAAAAACAACCAGAGGAAAGAGGAACGCAUAAAACGAAGGCAGCAGAAGGAGGCCGAGGCUGCCGAAAGUGCUGCGCAGAAAGCCCAGUUGCAACGGGUCAUGGGCGAUGAUAUGGAGCAAGCCGCUGGGCGCCUGGGUCAUUUCGACAUGAACGAAAUUACUCGGGCAGAAAAGAAGAAGUCCAAGAAGGCCAAGCACAUCAAGAAGAAGCAGAAGGAUGGGGACGACCGUGGAGGUUUACAAGAAGGGUUCCGUAUUGGCGACGGGGACGUCGAUCGAUUCAAGGCCAUCUUUGAAAGCCACGAGUUCGCGAUCGAUGCUUCAGAUCCAAAAUUCAAGCCUACGCCAGCAAUGAAGCAGCUGCUCGAAGAGAGUCGCAAGAAACGAAAUCACGAUGUAGACGAGGCACCAACAAGGCAGAAGAAGAAAGUACGCAAGCAAUAG